GGCGAGCACUUGACACGGCGUCAUAAACUCAAAGCUCACCGCAAGGGAAACGCACGCAAAACGCGACUUAACGUGGAUUUAAACAAUGACUUUUGAAGAAUUUAGUGGACAAGAUAACGCAGCUGCUACUGGCGAUAGAAUGCAGAGUGCAGGAACGGCACUAGAGGAGCUUCUGGUCUCCGCUAGGAAGCAGGACUGCCUUACCGUUGGGGUGUAUGAGUCUGCACAAGUCAUGAAUGUUGACCCAGACAGCGUUGCUUUUUGCGUCCUGGCUACGGAUGAGGAGUAUGAAUGUGACAUCGCCUUGCAGAUCCACUUCACUCUCAUCCAAGCCUUCUGCUUCGACAACGACAUCAACAUUGUUCGUGUGAAUGACAUUGAACGUCUUGCUAACAUUGUGGGCAGUGAUCAGGAUGAGGAACCUAAGGACGUACACUGCAUACUUGUAACUAGCCCCAGUGCUGACUCUUGGAAAGAUUCUGCUCUUGAGAGAUUGAGCUUGUUCUGUGAGGAGAGCCGCAAUGUCUACGAAUGGGUGCCUACGAUUACUCUGCCAGAGCGCUGAUAGGAGAUGGUUUUGGCACGUGAAUGAAACCAGAAACAAGUCGAAGAUGUCCAUCCUAAAGGGUACACCGGUGCAAAGCGAAAAAGCUUUGAGAUCUUGCCUGGAUUAUUCUCACAACUGGGAGGAUAAAAGUGGACUGACCCAGCGAACGGUUGGCCGUCCUGGAAAAGCUGAUGUUCAGAAUCUAUUUUUGGACGAGCAUGGAAAAGUGAAAGCUCCCGUGCUUCUCAAGUCUGUUGUGGUGGCAUCGCGGAGACAACAGGAGAGUAAAGGACAGGUGGACUGUGAGAGCACGUUCAUGAGAUUGACGGCGAAGAAGAGCCUUGGAAUUCGUGUUCUUGAGGAAUGAGAUGUGGAUUUUAAAGAGGAACUAAGUUUAAGUGACAUUUUGAAGAUGUUUUGAGGUCUAAUGUGCACUUGGGGUGUUGUCUGAAAAAUAUUACAUGGACACUAGUGUAACUUGUCUUUUGUGAUAUCCUGGGGGGGGGGGUUCCCAUCCUACCAUAAAUGGUUCCUAUUAUGAAGUUGUGCUUUUUGUCAAAUAUUCAUAAUGCAAUGUCAAACUGUGGUGAAGAAGCCACCAUUUCUGCAAUACAUUUUAAAAUAAAUACCUUAAAAGUGGUAUGUUUCAUUUCAAAGUUG